CUCGCCAUUUUGGCGCUGAUGGUUGAGGAUGAUGGCGGUGGUAAGGAUUGAAGCUAUCAUUAGAGAUAGAAUUAACUGUAAGGUAAUCCACAGGCGCAUUUAAGUAAGAACGAUGCUAAAACAGUCAUUUCCAAGCAAUGACCUAUCCAUUUAUGGUGUUAUCAGUGCACAAUAUUGAUAUUUGUUGAUAUUGAGCGAUAUCAAACAUAAUAUAGGUAGUAAUAUUGUGCCCUUACUAUAUCUUUGUUUUUUCGAAUGCGCCGAUAGUCUGCGCCGCAGAAGUUACUACGCAAAAGGUAAUAAGCAGAAUUUUCGAAAAUGGAGGAAAAUGAGGGAGACUAUGUGAAUUACGCCCGACAACUUUCGUCAAGUGGUAAUCUUAGCAAAUCCUUCGAUUUAUACAUUUCGGUUUUCGAAAAGAACCCCCGAAUUAAAAAUAUGUAUGAACCGGAAUUCCAGAUCGUUAUGAUGCGGUACAAUGAAACGUUGUCAGCAGCUGGGAAGAUUGAAGACAUAUUUACUAAUUUUAGCCGCGCUAUAAGAAUUUUCCCGAAAAACGUAUACCUGUUGAAUGAGAUUGGCAAAUAUUUGUAUAAGUUCGGCUAUUACGAAGAGGCUUGGUCUCACUUCCAGAAAGCUCUAAGGGCGAACUCCGGUUUUGUGAAUGCGGAAAAAAAUUUGAAUUCUGUGAAAAAUUUACUCGUUGAAAGAUGGCAUUUUCGAAUGUUAAAUGAUAAAAAACGGAAUGAACUCUUUAGGGCCGCUAUUCAUGAGAUGGUUAAGUUAGGCAAAGAUGGUGUGAUUGAUGUCGGAACUGGGACAGGCUUGCUGGCGUUGUUUGCUCGAGAAUGCCAGCCGCUGACCGUCACCGGAUGUGACGGCUCCAGUGUUAUGACUAAAAUAGCAGAGAGUAUACUACAAGACUAUGAGAUAAAUGAUAUAGCCAUUGUGAACAAGAUGUCUACAGCCAUGGAUUACAAAGAGAUAGGUUCCAAAUGCACUAUCCUAGUGACUGAAAUGUUUGAUGCUGGCUUAUUUGGGGAACAUGUGUUGCAAACAUUAUUGCAUGCUUGGAAUUACUUAAUAGACGCUGGAGGAAAAGUAAUUCCAGGCAGAGUGGAGUUCUUUGUGGCAGGAGUAAAUUGCAACUAUCUUAAUUUAAAAUAUCAGCUGGGACAAGGCAUCAAAACCGUAUUGAAUAUCCCCACAGCAAAUGUUCACAUGAUGUCUUAUGAUGAAACAUAUGAUUGUGAGGAUGUGCAUUCGUUCAAAGAUUUAAAAUAUAUAACUGAAGAGCAUUCUCUCAUCAAAAUAGACUUCAAUAAUUAUGAAGAUAUUCAAGAGAAGUUGUAUCAAAGUAAACCAUUUAAUAUUGACUUAAUUGCCACUCAAGAUGGUGAAAUAAAUUGUCUGAUUGGUUGGUUUAAGUUGUAUUUAACAGAUAAUGUUACAAUAACAACAGAUCCCCGUUCUGAAGAUCGGUGCAAUGCUUGGCAGCAGGCUGUUUUCUAUGAUACCAUACCAAAAGUAGUUAAAAAGAAUGACAAGUAUAGUGCACAAUUUUUGAUGAACACUGGAAAGCUGACUAUGAUUCCCAAUUGUAAUAUAAACAUUGACAUGAUAUCUCAAGAAGCGUUGAGAUUUUUAAAUGAUUCUGAAUAUGUGAAAACGAUUCUUGGAUGCGUUGGCAUGGCUUGUGUCUACCUCGGACAAAUGAUUGAGAUGUCCGAGAUUGCUGUUAUUGAUUUAUGCCCAUUCCCUUUGUUUGGAGUGCAAAUGAUGAAAAGAGGUGCCAAGUCCCUGGUCUGCACUGCUAGAACUUAUAAUGAUGAAGUUUUCAUACUUAAGAUUUUACAAGCCUAUAAUAUUGACAUGUCCAAAAUAACAAUACUAGUGGGAGAUGUGUGGAAUUUGGAUUCUUUCAGUAAUAAAACAUUCCAGGCUAUAUUUUGCCAUCCUUUCGAGUUAUGUGGGGAUAUUGAUUUGAGACUAAAAGAUAUAGCUCAUGAAUUGAAGACAUCCCAUUUGGCACCAGGAGGUCUUUACAUGCCGGCCAACAUUAGCAUCAUAUGCCAGCUGGUUGAUAGUCACUGGCUAGAUAUUAACAACAGAGUUUAUGAUGAAAAUACAAUUGGUUACAAAGUGGCAGGAUACAUGAAUGUGUAUCAAGUAUCUCAGAACUUCAGUAUUGACAUGUCACGUUUGGAAUACACUCCUAUGACUAAUCCUAUAUGCGUGGGUGAGUGCUCAAAUGAGUUGCGAUCUUUUGUGAUCAAUACACCUAUCAUCAGGGAUGGCUUAACAAAUGCCAUUCUGUGUUGGUAUAAAAUUGAAUUGAUGGAAGACAUAGACGAAAUAGCCACAAAUAGAUCUGAUGGCUUUGUAGACAGUAUAGCAUUCCUUGCUGAUCCUAAAGUACCGAUGAAGAAAGGAGAUAUUGCGAAUGUACUGCUCUGCGUUGAUCCUGACGGUGGUUUUAAAGUAAUUGUUGAUGUUGAUAAUUAAUGCUUAUAAGCUGAACAACAUACAUAUAUUUAUGAAUCUUUUUGUAUUAGCUAUUAGGUAUAAAUGAUAAGAUUUUUAUUAUUUAUCAAACUAAGCAGGAAUGUUUAGUGAAGGUUACCUCAUUGCAGUAGUUUUUAUUUAUAUUAUCCAAAAGACAUACACUGCUGAUCAUAGAUCUCAUUUAAUAAUUUUUAAAACGCCUCUAGCUCAUAUUAGUACCUUUUUU